AUAGGUGGCGCCGUGGUAGCGGAUCCUGUUCCUCUACUUCCGGUUUCUACACUGUGCAACUAUUUCAGUUAUAUUUUUAAUUAACGAUGCCAAGUACUUGUUGUUGUGUACCUGGAUGUCAUUUAAGAGGAGGACAUGCAUUUCCAAAUGACUUAAAAAGAAGGAAAAGUUGGAUCAACGCCAUGGCCCAUACGCAGAUUGGACGAGAACACGAUGAUAUCGUGGAGUCCAUCUCAAUCAGCUGUUGUUUGCAAGGCACGUUUUACUGAAAAAGACUACGUGCAGGAAACUAUUCAUGGGCGCAAACCCACCAUACAGAGACUUAAGUCUACUGCAAUUCCCAGCCUAUUUUCCUGGACCAAGCAAGAGACUGAAUCGUCUGCAAAAAGAAAAAUCAGGGCAGUUUCCUGUGAAAACAAAAGAACUAAACUUGAUGAAUAUUGUAGUAGAAAUCUAGAGGAAAGUUUUGAUUGUAAAGUUGGUUUUCCUGAAGAAGUCAUUCAUACUGCAGAAAGGAUUUAUGACUGUCCACCACCAACUGCCGAGCUAAUGUUGAGCUUCACAGAUGGAAUUACGCAAACACCAUCAAUGCCUAUGUUUUCAGCAGAGAAUUUUGAAAUGAAGACACGUGACACAGCCAUGCAUUUUUAUACCGGUUUAGAGUUGUAUACUAAAUUUUUAUUUGUUUUGACCACACUUGGUCCAGCAGCACAUUGUUUGAGAUACAUAUAUUUUCAAAUUGAUAGGGUGUCAGUUGAAAAUCAGUUUUUUUAUGACUUUGAUGAAAUUGAGGCAUCAUACAACCAACUUUGAACUGUCUAGAUUCUAGAUUGAAUCUAGUGUUAAGAAUAUUGUGUAUACAUGGAUUGUUUUUAUGUCUAAACAGUGGUGUGAGGCUAACACUUGGCCAUCUAGUGGUUUAGUCAGGUAUUUUUCACCAUCCAACUUCAAAUUAAAGUUUCCUACGACUUGGAUUAUUAUUGACAGCACAGAAUAUCCCGUGAUAAAACCUAAAGCUCCUAGAGCUCAGGCAACCUUUUCAUCAAAUAAAAACAGAAACACUGCCUUUUCAUCAAAUAAAAACAGAAACACUGAAAAUUCUUGAAUGUUCGACACCUGGUGGUUUAGUCAACUAUGUCUCUAUGUCACAUAGAGCGAAUUAUUGGACUUGGCAAAACAUACAAAAUUCUAAUAAAUCCUAUGAAUGGAACUGAAACAAAACUUUCAUCUGAAAUAACAUUUAGUUGUUUUAUGUUGUGUAAUUUUAGAACUUGUAUUGUGCCAAAGGAUGCAUAAAUAAAAGUGACACAAUGAA